AUGGCCUUCACAGUCAUCAAAUCCAAGCCAGGUGGAGCGAAUGGUUUCUUCAUCUCUGUAAAAGAAAAUGUCACUGGAGAGGACGGUUUGUGCAUUAGAGAAGAAUGUUUUUUCAGGGUCCCUCAAAGCCUCUCAGAACCCAUUAAGAAAUCCUGGUUCAAAGAAGACUCACAAAACGCAACUGCUGAGGUGAAAUUUUUUCAUAGUAAUAUCGGACGUUUCAAUUGGAAGGAAUGCAGCUUUAUGAUAAAUCCUUUGGUUCUGGGUGAAUCUGAUGGUGAAUAUAGACUGAAACUGGAAUGGGGACAAGGAAAUGUGCACAUAUUUCCUCAGACAGUGAAAAUUACAGUGAAAGAGCUCACUCAGAAACCAAUAAUAAACGUCCCACUGCUCACAGCGGGACAGAGGGCUAAGAUAUCCUGCACGUUUACACUUAAGUGCUUUGGUCCAACACUAAAGUUUGUGUGGACAGGAAUUAAUGGCAAAAUAAUGAGACCUGGACCUCGUGGAGUGCCUGGCCAGCAUAAGUUCACUUCAAUAUUACGUUUUCACCCUAAGCCUAAAGAUCACAAUACUAAGCUCACUUGCAAAACAAUUCUUGAAGAAAGCAUCCAGACUGAAGCUACUGUGACCCUCGAAGUACGACAUGCUCCUGAAAUCCUGAAUAGCUCCCGCUGUGUGGUGUGGGGUGAUGAAUUGUCCUGUAUGUGCAUCAGCAGUGGUGUGCCGUUACCCCUCAUACACUGGCCAACACUGGAUGGUCCCACUAACCAUUGCAGUGCCUGCACACAGAACACCAUCAUCAUUAGCAACAUCUCUAUUUCUGGUAUCAGGAGCGUCAACGAUACCAUUGAAUGUAUUGCUGAGAAUCUCAUUGGUACAACAAGAAUGCAAAUCCAAGUGCACAAUCAGACUGAAACACCCAAAGUAAAUUUGGGUCUGUCCAUGUCCUGGAUUAUCUGUACGCUUUCUGUUGUUCUAAACAUCAUCUUUGGCUCUUGUUGUACUGUUGUCCUAUGUUUUAACAGGAAAAGAAAAAUUCGUGAGAAACCAAAAGAUGAAGAACAUGUUUACAAGACAUCACUGAAGAGGGAAGAAUCAGUAUAUGAGACGAUUAAAGUGUGAAGCUUGUGGCUGGAUUGCAUGGGUAUACAGCUUAUAAAACACUGCUGCUCCAUCAUUCUGGUCUCUAUAUUAACUUCUCUUAUGAGAAAAGGAUAAUUUCUCAUUUACUCACCCUCUAUAAGCGACUUUCUCGCUUUCUUCAGACGACACAGACUGUUUAUACGCCAACGUCAUCACGCCGUGAAGCGCGUUGUAAUACUCGCACUGAAAGUGACUGGCCAUUGAAAUAGAUGCCGCCAUUUUGAAACCGUCAAGUUGAUCAUUAGGACUUUGUACAUCUACAAGCCAAGUCAUUAGCCCACGCUAGCCUAGCCUAUCCAUUUUAAAGAAUCUAAUAAAUAAGAAUUUAUUUAAAUUUUUUUUAAUCUAGCUCUAUAAUAUUUUUACAACCUUUGUGGUAUUUUGAAACUGAUUUUAACUGUGAGUGAUGAAUAUAGCUGGGGUUUUCAUAGCCAAACAAAAUAUGUUUAGACCAUUUCAAUGUGGGGAUGUCGUUGGCCCAUGUACCUGCUUGUUAUCCAACUAUUUCAUAACUGUAACAGGAUCAAUUCAAUCAUAACUUUAUUGUAAAACAGCUAUCUUUAUAUUUAUAUGUGACUCCCUUUGGAUUCUCGGAAGCUGUAGAAAUUCAAAAUGCAAAACAAGAAAUACAUU